UCCGGCGGCACCACGGAACCGACGAUGGCCGGCAGCAACUCGACGGAAGGAUGGGUCGACGUCCAGAAGAACACAUUUACGCGGUGGGCGAACUCGCAUCUGUCGAAAAAGCGCAUGGAGAUUGACGACCUGUACGAAGAUCUCAAGGACGGUUUGCGCUUGAUAGCCCUUUUACAGAUUGUGUCUCGGCAACCUGUUGCCGCGAAAUACAACCGCAACCCGAAGAUGCGCAUUCAAAAGCUGGAAAAUCUAAACUUGAUCUUUGGCUUCAUGGCGAAGAACAACAUGACGAUCACCAACAUCGGGUCGUCGGACAUUGUGGACGGCAACAGCAAGCUUGUGUUGGGCUUGAUGUGGACGAUUAUCAAGAGUUACCAAGUUGGAGAAAUCGCUGUCGACGGUGUGUCUGGCAAGGACGGACUCCUCUUGUGGGUCAAGCGAUCGCUGACUGACUACCCCACCGUGGACGUGACCAACUUUACCUCAAGCUGGGCGAACGGCAUGGCGUUUUGCGCGCUCAUUCACAAGCACUACCCGACGGUAAUCGAUUUCGACAGCUUGUCCCCUGACAACGCUACGGAAAAUGUUACCCUUGCAUUCAACUUGAUGGAAGCCAAGUUUGGUAUUCCCCAAUUGCUCAACGUGGGCGAUGUGGCUGGCAACCCCAAGCCCGAUGACAAAUCCAUCAUGACCUACGUGUCCCUGUUGUUCCAGGAAUUUGCGUCGGGGGUGCAAAAGAAGAAGGCCAUCACGACAAUUUGCAAGGCCGUGGCCAUGGCCCAGCGCAUUUCCGAGUGCAGAACUCAAUACGAGACGUCCGCACCGACGCUCUUGGCAUGGUACUCGGAAAAAUGCCAAGCAUGGACGGCUCCUGAACCAACUGCGUCGUUGAAGACGGUUCAAGCGAUGUUGCACCAAUUCAACGAGUACAAGCGCAACGAACGACCCGAGUACGAAGCGUCGUUUGUCGAACUCGAAAGUGUGAUGGGUCGGUGGGUGGCGAGCUGCAAAAACAACCACCGCGACAUCCCCAAGAUGCAUCCUUCCUUCGACUCGAUCGCGCUCUUGCGCAAGCAGCUGCAAGAAGUCGAGGUCCAGUACGAGACAGCAUGCCGGUCGCACAUUUUGCAAUGCCAGCAUACUGACGCGACGUUGAACUCGGUGCUGCUGGACUUGACGAAGCUGGAAGGCUGGCUCGACAAAGUGAACCAGGACUUUCCCGAAGAAACCGACAAGCCCGUCACCAACUCGGCCGAUGCGGAAGAAGCGCUGGAAAGCAUGCGCUUUUUCCACGAAGUCGAAGUCGGCCGAUACCAGCAGCUCCUGACCCGCGUCGAAGUGGCCGUCGAAACCAAACUGGCGGGACAAACCACUGCCGUCGACGCGAUUGCCCGCGUGGAAACGACCCGCGCAACGUUUGCGGUCACGUUGACGCGCAUGCAAACGCUGCAAGAACGCAUGAAGGACAUGCUUGCGCACCAGCAUCAAGUCGACGCUGUCGUGAAAGCCAUGCGCUUGACGAUCAAAACCCUCAAGAACGAAAUCGAAAUGCUCGAUGAAAAGAUCGACGCCCACAACGUGCAUGCCGCCGUCGACGACUCGAGUGACCAAGAAGCCGCAUUGACUGCGAUGAAAGACGCGUUUUCGGCGGACGUGGCGCCGCUGGUCGAAGCCAACGUCGUGUCCGUGUACACUGCCGAGCUCGAAUCCAAGCGCGACACGUUGGUCCGUGCCCAUCGCGACACUGAAUUGCAAACCCUCGACGCGUUCGCCCGGCGCGUCGAUCGAUUGAUUGCAAAGCGCGAUGCCAAGGUCGCCGAACUCGACCAGGCCGUCACCGACGCGCACCGUCGGGUGACGUUAAGCGUCGACUUUGCCAAGCUGGCCACGACCAUGGUUGAGCACGCAGCGUCGAUUUCAAACCAGAUCAAUGCGGUCGACGGUUCCCUCGACGAGCAAUUGGCGGCUCUCGUCGCGCUGGACACGACCGAAAUGCACACCAAGGACGACCCGGCGCACUUGUGUGCAAUCAUGGACGAACUCGAAGUCGUCAACGAAUCGCUCGAGUCGUUGCGCGUGUUUUCAAACCCGCACACGACCGAAACAAUCCAGUCGUGCCGGGCCACGUUUGCAUCGCUCCAGCAAGCGUUGAUGGAGCGCCAGCAAGAACUGGAAAAGGAAAUCGCGAUGGACAAACUCGGCCACAUCACGCCGGCGCAGCUCAACGAAGUCCAAGAAGUGUUCAACCACUUUGACUUGGACAAGGACGGCAAGUUGGCGCGCGACGAAUUCAUCAUGGCGUGCAAGGGCCUUGGCUUUGACAUGUCGGAGGAAUCGUGCCACGACAUGUUUGACAAACUCGACACGGACAAGAGCGACGAAAUCGACUUGCGCGAGUUCAGCACGUUCUGUGCCGACCAGCUCCAGUCGGGGUCGACGCAGACCGACGUCCUCGCCGCAUUUGAGAUCUUGGCGCGGGACAUGGCGAUCACGCAAGACAAGCUGCACGAACACUUUGACGCGACCGUUCUCGAGUACCUCCUCAAGCACAUGCCGCACAUGAUGCCGUCCAAGACGGAAGACAGCGACGACAUCGCGAUUCCCGACAAGUACGACUACAAUGCGUUUGCGGCCGCUUUGUUCCAGUAGAGCUUCGACCCGUCAAAGGCAUAAAGGUUGCUAGUUGCGACGAUGGUACUACACAAAAACAACGAGAACGACGAGCUUGAAUUUUCGUCCGAAGUCUUUCGUGCAUGGCAUCUAUUGAAACCCGCGGCGUUCGAGGUCAUCGCGGCCUUCUUCCUUGCCGACAACCACAGCGCGCCGCACGAC